AUGCACCAUGUUGAUAGGAAUCGGCACUUCUUGUACACGUCCUCGAGGGCAGCAUUCAUGGCAAUCAUCACUAGUUUCUCCCGAGGAGGGCAUAGUAUGGCUUUGUUCUUGGUGUUGUUUCAUAGAUGUCGAGUGCCGCUUUUCCCCGUCCGAGAAUCUCCAUUUUCUAAGUGGGCGCGAGCUAAAAUCCUUAUGUCAGGUUGGUUGUUCAAUGUCUCUUUACCCUUUGCAUCUUCAUCUUUUCGAAAGCCCAGACCCGGAUCUGCAUUAGUCCUAUUUCAGGUGCAAAGCCUCUUUACUUUAAUAAUAAUAAAGACCUCUUUCUUUUCUUUCUCCCCCAUUUCUCAUCUCAUUUUGUUGAUUGAAAGAGAAUAA